AUGGGUAUAUGUUAUUCCUAUAUUAAUGCCAAGAGAGAGCAUGACAAUGGUAGAAACUUGCAUUUGAAGUCGAAGAAGGGUAGCUUCCAUCUCUUCAGUAAGUUAAGUGGCGGCGGUGGCGCUGCUGCAGCUACGGUGGCAUUGGUUGAGGAGAGUGGGUUGUAUCAAAUUCCAGGGAGGCUUUUUACAAAUGGGACGAGCCACAUUUCCAGCUUAGUGGGAAGCUAUGCAGAGUGGGAAGCUAAACUCAAUAGCCAUCAAAAUUCUGUCCACGAGAAUGGAGAUGCAGAGCUAACAAGUCAUGUUGACAAUUUUGUGGAUGGUGAUGGACUGAUGGGGGUUCUAAACUCAAUAGCUGCUCAAAUUCUUUCCAUGAGAAUGGAGAUGCAGAGGGAAUGA